AUGCCGAAUACCAUCAGAGAUAUCGCCACUCGGGAUGAGGAGUCAUUUCCCUACAUCUUCGAACAAAAUGUUUCCAUCAACUUGAAAGAUGAAUCGGGAAUCGUACGUGCGAAUGUUUAUCGCCCAAAGGGAACUGAAAAGGUUCCUGUCCUUGUUACUUACGGUCCAUAUGGGAAAGAUAUUCCCUACAAGGAUUUCCACGCCCAAAGCUUCGGUGAAGUCAACCCUGAGCAAAAGUCUGAGCAUUCCGCUUGGGAAACUCCGGAUCCGAAGUACUGGACCAGUCAGGGUUAUGCAGUUGUUCGUGCUGAUGAGCGCGGAACCGGUCAAUCGGUCGGAAAGCUCGAUACCAUGUCUCGGGGUACUAGCGAAGCAUUCUUCGACGUGAUUGAAUGGGCUGCUGAACAGUCCUGGUCCAGUGGAAAGGUUGGUCUACUGGGUAUCUCGUACUUUGCUGGUAGCCAGUGGCGUGUUGCAGCGAGACAGCCGAAGGGACUGUCAUGCAUUAUUCCGUGGGAGGGGAUGUCAGACUACUACCGAGACCGGUGCCGACAUGGUGGAAUCUUGUCGAGCAAGUUUAUUAAGUUCUGGUGGGAUCGCCAGGUCGUGAGUAACCAGUACGGUCUUGGUGGACGGGCAGCACGCAACUGGGGUCCUGAUACUAUUGAAGGAGAUCUGAGUGAGGAGGAACUAGUGGCAAAUCGACAGGAUCAGAAUAUCGAUAAUGCCGAAAAUAAGUACCGCGAUGAUUUGUACUAUGCCUCGAAAGAGUAUAGUCUGUCGGAUAUCAAGGUGCCUCUCCUUUCGGUCGCGAACUGGGGUGGUAUCUUGUUGCAUCUCCGUGGAAACGUGGAGGGGUAUACUCAUGCCGGCUCGGAUCUGAAGUAUCUGCGCUUUGUGACUGGGCGUCACGAUCUUCCUUUCUAUUAUAAGGAAGAGGUCGAAUUGCAGCGGAGCUUCCUCGACGCAUUCUUGAAGAGUGAUGAUCGAAUCGGCUGGUCAACUGGUAAAGCACCAAAGGUGGAUGUUGUACUCCGCAAAGGCGACGUCGGAUUCAACAAUGCCGAUGCAGAGAAGCAGUACCAGCGCCGCGUGGAGCAUGAGUGGCCGAUUGCUCGUACCCAGUACACGAAGUACUACCUUACAUCUCAGAAGGAUCUCAUCAAACACGCACCUGUAGAACGUCCUGUAAAGAUCUCAUACGAUGCACUUGGCUCCCUGGAUAAACCGGAGCUUGUGCAGUUCACCACUCCAGCAUUUGAGAAAGAGACCGAAUUUACAGGACAUAUCGUCGCGCAUCUGAACGUCUCGAUGAGUGCUCUUCCUGGCGCACCGACGCCUCAAGAUCUCGAUCUUUUUAUCACCCUGCGACACAUUUCCCCUGCUGGGAACGAAGUCUUUUAUACCGGCACAGCAGGUGAUGCCGUACCUUUAUGUAAAGGUUGGCAACGCGUUAGCAUGCGACAUGUGAACAAGGAUCAUAUCCGCAAUAGACCUUAUUUGCCGCAUCGCGAUUACUAUUCAACAGAUGUACGACCCGUGGUUCCGGGAGAGGUCUAUCCUGUUGAUGUCGAGAUCUGGCCAACAAAUGUUGUCGUGGAAAAGGGUGGAAAGAUCGUUCUCGAAAUCUCCAGUGGGGAUACUCAGGGAAGCGGUAUGUUCCAGCACAAUUCGCCUAUUGACCGAUCUGUGGAGCGCUUCCAGGGUCAGAAUCAUAUUCAUUUUGGACUCGGUGACAAUUAUGUUACAUUGCCGAUCAUUCCUUGA